ACGUCAUGUUGAAACCGACAUGCCGCUGUUGCACAUUUUUCAUGAACCAAAAAGAACUGCAGCGCGUUCGCCGCGCGUUUAAUGCGCGGUAUGUGCACAAACGCGAGUGGCCGCUGCGGAUCGACAAGCCACGCGUCGUGCCAUUGCCAAAGCCGAUCGUGGACCCUUCAAAUAUGGCUGCGCCAUCCCCAUCGCCACCUCCCAGCCCCAUGGGCAAGGCCACGUUUGAAAACGUGUCGUUCGUCCUUCGGGAUGCUAUCAACGACGGGUUUCCUUUCACUUUGGACCGUAUUGGCAACGGCAUGGCCGUGAUGCGUAUCGACAAAACACGCGAUCCCAUCGCGCUGUCUGUUGGGAGCUUUCUCGUCGCCAUCAACGGGCAUACCGUGCGGCUCACCGACGACGUCGAGGCCAUCAUGCACAGCCGCGACCCGAAUCUGACGUCCCUCGACCAAAAGGACGAAGCGAUGCGGCUCCAGAUGAUCAACCUCUUCAAAGCACAUGGGGUAUCUGCAAAACCGUCGACGGCGUGCGUCGCCACAUUUGUCCAAACGCCGUCCAAAGUGGACGCUGUGCACAAGUGGAAUCCCCGCAGCAAGUAUAAACCGUGGUCGCUUGUGUAUCUCAAACUUCAGUGCGGGUACCUCAACUUUUACUCGACGGAAGCCAAGGCCAGCAAUGCCACCGUCGAGGACAUGCGGGAUUCGGCCGUGGCUGUCAACGUUAUGCACUGCACCGCGCGCCCAGACGAACAGCAACGGGAGUUUACUUUCCAAGUGAUCGAGACUCUCCCAUCCCCCAUCGACCAUGACGAAGGUGGCGCACCCAUCGAGGACAAAACGUCGUCCACCGUCGACGCCAACGAACAGGACCGAGACCUUGACGCGGACCUGCUCGAUGACGUGCAUGCUUUUCUCGGGUCGACGAGCGUGGUUCAAAAGGUUGUCGUCGAGAAAGAGCCGAGGUUGUACCGGUUUCGCGUCGAGACGGCCGCCGCGCGCGCGUCGUGGCUGCGCCAUAUCCAUGCAGCGCAAAACUUUUGCGCCGAGGACUUUUACCAACCAUAACGCGGAACUCAUGCGAUUCAUUUUGAAUUGCGCCAGUCGAGAGGAUCGACAAUAACACGUGGGCCCGAGACGACGAAGUGUCCGUCCGCCUUGGUCGUCCGAAAGAGCGACGUCACACCGAGGAAUUCGCCGUCCGUCAUGCGAUAAACAGAUACCAGGCCUGGAUCUUGCAGAGGUCGUUUCCAGUUGAUCAAAGUGGAGUCGUCGCCGGCAUUCCACUCGACAGACAUGCCACCGAUCCAUCGACGCUCGGUGGGUGCAUC